CCUACGACUCAUACCAACGUUUUGCCAAAAGGAGGCAAGACAAAUGCCACCGGGAUGAAGUGUCUUGAACUUGUUGUUGCUCUUUUUGAUAGGAGUUUAGAUCAAUGCAGUCAACAUGAGCUCUUUCGCUGGACGCAUGAAGGAGUAUCCCAUCAUCUCCCUGGACAGAUUUGAUAGGGAGAAUGUACACGCCAGAGCCUAUUUCCUCUCUCAUUGCCAUAAAGAUCACAUGAAAGGACUGAAAGGACCUUUGCUGAAGAGAAAACUGACAUUCAGUUUAACUGUCAAGCUGUAUUGCUCAUUUGUGACAAAAGAGCUCCUGCUUAGUAACCCAAAGUAUGCAUUCUGGCAGGAUCAUAUUGUUGCCCUGGAACUGGACAGUCCAACUCACAUCUCUCUGAUAGAUGAGAUCACCGGAGAGUCAGAGGAUGUUGUAGUCACUUUGCUCCCAGCUGGACACUGUCCUGGAUCAGUCAUGUUUCUCUUUGAGGGCGCUCAGGGUACUGUGUUGUACACAGGAGACUUCAGACUGGCUAUCGGAGAUGCAGCCAGAAUGGAGUACCUGCACUCUGGAGACAGGGUAAAAGACAUUCAGAGUGUUUAUCUCGAUACUACAUUCUUUGAUCGCAAGUACUAUCAGAUCCCUAGUAGGGAGGCUUGUUCAACAGGGAUAAUGCAGUUGGUCCAAGACUGGAUUUGUAAGAGUCCAUACCAUGUAGUUUGGUUAAACUGUAAAGCAGCAUAUGGUUAUGAGUACCUAUUCACCAACUUGGGACAGGAGUUCAGCUCACAGAUACAUGUAAACAGCUUGGAGAUGUUCAAGAAAAUGCCAGAAAUUCUGUGUCACAUGACCACUAACCGUGCAACGCAGAUCCAUGCUUGCAGGCAUCCCAAGGAUGAAGAAAUGUUCAGGGCAAACAGAUUGCCAUGCGGCUCCAUAGCGUCAGACGGCACUCCACUAAAUAUCAUCAGCAUCAAACCCUCAACAAUAUGGUUUGGAGAACGGACAAAAAAGACCUCAGUUAUUGUCAAGAUGGGUGGCAGUUCCUAUAGAGCAUGCUUUUCGUUUCAUUCUUCUUACUCAGAGGUCAAGGACUUUCUAUCCCACAUUUGUCCUGUUAACAUCUACCCUAAUGUCAUUCCCUUGGGCCAAACACUGGAAGAUGUCACAGAACUGUUGAAGCCACUGUGUAGAAAACACUCUGGAAGAGAAGAGAUUGUCUACAAACCACUUGGAAAUCUCAAAAGAACAAGAAAGAGGUGCACAUCACAUGGGUCAGGCAGUGAUAACGACUUGUUUGAUGAAGUUGCCAUGGCUCCAAGGAGGCGGAAAAUGGCAUUGACUGAUACGACCAAGGUGGCAGUAAACAUACAGACUCCUAGCCCUAAUAAAAAUGCUCCCGAUAAGGACCAAAUUUACACAUUCCUACAGUGUGGUCCAUCUGUGCAGACUUCCAAUUACAUGGACUGUGCUGAAUCUAACGAUGAUGACUGCGAUGACGACGACGACGACGAUGAGCUCUCAAACGUCACAGCCAAAAAACCACCUAACCCAUCUGAUGUUGCUUCACCACCUCCAUCGGCAUGCUCAGAAACGGCAUGCUCAAAAUUGGCCCCACCCAUAUCUAUUCCAACCACACCCCAAUCCAAGUCAGCUCCGCCCUGUUGGGAUAAGUUCUUUACAGCGAAACAGGUAUUGACUGAUGAUAGCGAGUUGGAAUGUAGUCAAAAUAGCCAAACCACUCAAACUCUUUCCAAUGAUAACACAACGUCACCUGAGCCGUUUCAUGAUGAUGAUGAUGAUAAUAAUUCCAUUCACAUGACCUCCUCUCAGUCCACUCAUAUAUCAGAUGCAGGUAUGGAGAGCCUCAGUCAAAUGGAUACUGUUCUUGUCCAAGUGGAUGACAGUAAGGUGGUUACUAGUGACCAUUGUAACCAAGUGACCAAUGGAGUCCUUCAGGAUGGGACCAGCAAAGCUGGUGAUGUAGUGUCAGAUAUGAAUAAUAUUUGUAAUGUAGAGCCCAAGACAGAGGAAGCAGCAGAACCGAAAUCAGACUCGCAGGUGUCAUCAGAUUUUGAGCUUCCACCAACACCUGGUUCUAAAGUCCCACACCCAGAAGACCUGAUAGACAUUUACUGGAAGUUGGCAGCAGGGGAGGAAGUAGUCAUAAGGAAAACAAAUUAAUUUUCUUUUUGUUGUAUAACAACUUCUCAUCUGUUCCGUUAUUCUUUAUCAUGCAGUUCUGUACCUUUAGAUAAUGAAGUAAAAAUCCUGAAGAAAAUGGGUGCAACUCAUAAUUAAAUUAAUUCCAACGUGAUGUAAAUGCAAAGAGUAUCUGUACUGAAAAUAAAGUCAGGGUGCAUUGUG